AUGGCGUCCGUCCUGCAACCAGCAGAAGCUCUUGAAACCUGCGCAAAUCCAGCGUCACCUCAUCCAAUCCACACAACGACAGAGACAACCCAAUUGGAUGCUACUCGCUCUGCUAAACCCAAUCGCUUUGAUGCAAUUCGACUUCAGCUGUAUCAGAGUUCCAGUUCUGUGAGGAACAGUGGACAUACUGGCAUUCCCACGCCUCCUCAGAGCGAAAGUACAAGUGGUACAAGCGCUAGCAGCCGCACCGAACGCUCCCAAAAGGGACCACGCGACGCCGUGCUAUCUGAUCAUCAAUCUCUAACUCGAGGACUACUCGAGCCUUCUGUCACAGCGCGGCCCUCCUCUACAUCACCACGUUCUGCUUCUGUCACUUCUUCUUCCACCAACACGGGUAGCGACACAAUUGGUGCAAUUAGUCCACGCUCACUGAUCUCUAAGAGCCGGUUUCGAUCUACCCGACAAACAACCCCAUCAGCAGCAAGAAUGGCAGCCAACUCGGCAGCCGUCACCUCUCCCGACAACACGCUUGAUUUUAGCCAACCCGACAUCGGAAUCGGCGAUUUGUCUGCUUCUUCUUCUGCUUUGCGCCCUGGCUCGUCUGUAUCUUCACAUGCCAACUCGCCCAGCCAAAGGCGAAUGCGUCGAAGCGAAAUGCACGAGCGCGAUGUUAGCCAGAUCCGAUCCGAGUCACAACUCGGAUUCAGGAACGACGAUGUUGAUGACGAAGUGGCCAUCAACGAGCGCGCAGCGCUACCCCAGCAGCAGCACCCAUUCCCAAAUUCCUCCCAGCACAAGUACUCUCCGCGCAAGUCUACCACACUGUCUGUUGCCUCAUCGCGAUACGACAAGAGCCUACCCGCAGAAAAUUGUCUGCAGAUUCCGCUCCAACGCGACAGCCCUCGUACUUCCGAUACACACUCACCUUCGGUGCACCCCUCUGCAUCAUCUUCGCGUUACGUCAGUGCUGAUGACAUGCCAUCGGGCUCCACUUCACGCCUCGUCAGGACCACCGGUCGAGCAUCCGGUCGCCUUUCUCUCGAUGAUCGAACGUCGCCGCGCCUCUCUACAGCAAGCCGCAAUCCAAUGCCCUCCGAAUUUCGCUUGCCCGACAAGAAGAUUCGCCGUGCUUAUCGAGCCGCACAUCAGCGAAAACAAAGCGACGAUUCCGAGGGAAGCGAAACUCGGGAAGAUUUGCUCGCUAAGCCCACCUUGUCCAAAGCUGGCGACCAUGCUUUGCUCCGUAGUCCCAAAUCCACACGGCGCGAAAGCCUUGAUGAGAUUCAAGAGGAAAGCGCCAAGAGAGAGCCCGCUAGCGCGCGCUCACCACAGAAUCGUCGUCGCAGAUACGCUUCGGAUGCUGCCGCUGAUGAAGCAACGCAGAAGUUAGACUACGACGGCCGUCUUGGCACGCAGAGCAGCCGCAUCUCGGUCGACUCGUCUUCCGCACAACGACACCUUGCCACGAGCUCGCUGCACAGCACUCCUUCCAGCUCUUCGCGCCGUACCCAACACUCGCUCGACUUUGGUUCGCCCAGUGAGCAGGCACGUGCUCGAAAGAUCUCGUCAACCUCUUCCAACCGUUCGCAGAAGUCGUCCAACAGUGCCUCUGAACUCCAUCGCGCCGCGUCGCGCGUCAGCCUGCGCAGGCAAUACGGUUCGGACCUCUUCUCCGCCGAGCCUUCAUUGCCGCAGCCAUCUACGGAUCGACGACCUCGCAGUCCUUCGACCACCUCGUUGACCAAUUCGUCGGAUCGCUCGCGACGCCAUCUUGAUCACCCCCGUCGUGUAGACGAUACAGCCUUAGACCAACUUCGUCAUCAAAUCCAGGAUCUUCAUGUCGGGCGCUCUGCAGCAGAGCAUGACCGACGUCAACUGCUACCCAUCUCGCUGCGAACUCGCGCCCAGCCAGCCUCGACGCGCUCAUCUCUGAGUCUUGAGUCGCCUUCCCUGGGCUCGGCACGCGCCCAGUCGGUCAUAGGCCUGCAGAGGACGCCACACGACACUAUCCGCACCAUUUCGACGCAUCAGUAUCCUUUCACAGAUCCCCAACGAUCUCGUUACGAUCGCAUGUGGCCCGCAGCAGAUCCGAGCCACUCUUCCGAUGCCGUGCAUCGCAUCCGUGAGCUCGUCGAUCUGCGCGCUGGUGGCCUCAAUUCAGGCCAGACAGCACCUCAGCGGAGUAGCACGGCUCUGGGCACAGCGAAAGGGUGCUUGACAUCCAGCCCCAGGAUCGAUCACCGUGAACUUAAUGCGACCGGCGUCGACGAGCCAGCGCCUAUCCGCAACCUCGCUGUCCGACUGGCGCAGUAUGAAGCACUCUACACCAAGACGCCUUUUACAGAUGCCACUGUUGCUACAGCACAGGGACCGCAUACACUGCGCACGGUGGAGCUCAUGGGCGCCAUCGUGCGCGGAACGUCGACCAUGUGGGCCGAGUUGGCGUCGAUGCAUCCGAUCGCUACAGAAGGUCAUCUCAUGGGGCGUCAAGGGGACGCUUUCACCGACGCAUUCGGUCAGCUGGAUGAGGGUCUCGCAUUCGUCAACAAGCUCGUGCUCGAGCAGGCUCGAGCCAUGCAGGAUCUUCUUUUCCUUCUCGACCGCACGGAAAAGGAGAGGCAGGCACAGUUCAACCAAGCAUUGGUCGAGAUGGGACAUUCGCCUCGGCCUUUCUCGCGCAUUGGUGGCGGAGGCGCUGCAUCAGUGACGCCAGCGCAGGCAAAGUUUGUCGGCGGUUCCGAGCCAAGCGGUACGGGGGAGCGCAGCAAUCAGUUGUUACGACGGGCUGCAUCGUCUGUGCGCAGUGGAAAUGGGUUGCAGAGCGAUUCGCCAUCUGCGUUCAUACGAAGCUCGCGCGGGGUUGGCGCCGAACGUGGCGGCACGCUCACCGCGUCGCAGCUUCGGUCCAUGACCUCGCUAGGUCAUAUCAGCCACCACGGUCGGUCAGCGUCGGAGCUUUCGCCGUCGUCGGCUGCUGCGCAACGUCGACUGGAUCGCGUCGUUAGUGAUGUCUCUAGUGAAGAAGUUCACGACUCGCCGUUGUCGUCACGACGAAGCGCCAUCGGCCGACCGUUCCCGACGAGCGGUGCUCAUGUCGAAACUGAAGUCGGUGCGACCGGGGCGACAACGUCGAGGCCCGCACCGGCUUUCACGCCACGCAGGCCGAGGCUUAGCAAUCCGUCGGUGUCGAACGCCACAGCGAGCUUUCAGCCCUCGGCAGCGUCGGCGGGCGGGGUGUCGGCUUCGAGUGCUGAGGACAGCAUGCACGACGGUAGCGGUGUGGAAACGAUGGGUAGUGGGGGGAGCACGGUUGGAGGAGAAGGGGAGGUGCACGAGUUUGGUGAAGUGCUAGGUGAGCGGCCGCGGGGGAGCGAGACGGUCAGGCUAUCUUGGCGCGGUCAGCGUGGGCGAUCGGAACGAAAUGCUACGAUCAGAGGCGCUAGGGUGGUGGAUGCGCUUGCUACGCAGCUUGAUGCAUCCACGGGAAGGGAUGGACAGAAUGAUGAAUCUAUGUCGGAGGGAGCAGGAUUUCAGAGCGAAACGAGUGCAGAAGCAUAUGUGGUCCAACGACGGCAUACGCUGAGUCACGAUGCUGGGUCGGCGUCGGUCGACGUUUUGGAUGCCGAAGCGCUGAAUCGGUCGUCGACUAAGUUGAGCCAGUACGGAUUGACGAAAGCGGCGAAUCCGCCUCCACGUCCUCCAAGGCAUGUGCACAGACCACAAGAGGAACGCAUCGCUUCACCCAGUCGACAAGAGCUUGCACGCAACCAAGCGUCGACCCCAACAUCCAAGCCCAUAGUCGACGCAGACACCCCGCGUCAAAAACCGCAUCCCUCCGCCCCCACUCACGAUGCUGGUGUUGACAAUCCCAGCCAAAGCCUCGUACGAAGUCUCGGUAGAUCCGCAGCUCGUCGUGUCAGCCGUAUCGUCGCAUCCAGCCAAUAA